AUGCGUGUCCUACAGUCGGCCGCCGUUCGAAGGUUUGCUCCAAUUUUUUUUAUUCGUCAAAAAAAUGUCUGGAUGGGCCGACGAAAUUAUAAAAUUGCCUAUUUUGGAAUAUUUUGUGUCAACCUCGAGAACGUCUUGGCAAUAAUUUGACAUCAUUCGAUUCCUAUGGCUCAAAAAAAAAGUCUCGAAAAAAAAGUUCCAGCAAGAUUUUUCAUUUACUCAUCUCCGACAGCUUUCAAACCUCAUGGAAAUCCGUUAUGGAUACAAAAUAUUUCCAAUAACUUGUCCUAAAAGGGUGGCAAUUUUACUGCCUUUUCCGCCCUUUCAACGGCCUUUAUCCACCCUUUUUGGAUCCUUUUGAGAAACAAAAAUAUUUUUAAAGUUUAAUAGUGAUUGUGUAUGAACCAAAAUGUGCUACAGUAAUAAAUCGGAAAUCAUUAUUGGCCAAGACUUUCAGCACCCUUUCACCCUUUUUGGCACAGCAAGAAAAAAAGGCUCAAUAAAGGCGGCAAAACGGAACCCUUUUAGCGGCCAUUUUGCGCCCGUUUUCCGCACUUCCGACUUUGACAGUGCUACGAAAGAUUCGAUUUUUCGAAAACCGUCAUCCCUGAACAAACUUUAGCCUCUAAAAUAUUUUUUAAAUCCAAAUAUCCAGCUCGAUCGGCUAUGUAGCCGCCUCUACCUUCUGGUCACUGAUGGCCAAAAUUCUCGUGACUAGGUUCUUCUUCGACUAUCCCUUAGUGAUCCUCAUGCUACAAACAACCGCUACACUUCUGAUCGUUGAAGUUCUCAGGUUCAUUCGACCCAGAACCUAGGGUCAAAGACGCCUUUCAGAGUCCUGGGUGUCCUCAAAUUGGCGCCUUAUUCCUUCGAGAAAGGUCGUCAUGUCUUCGUCCCCUCGUUGAUGUUGAGCGUGGCCCAGUGGAUCAGCGUCGCCUCUUUCGAGGGCAUCGGCUUGCCUUCUUUUGACUCUAUCAAAAGGUACAGGGACUUGAAAUUCCGAGGAAAUCUUGAAAGGUUUCAGAUUCUCGCCAUUCUUCGUCUGCCUCGGGAUGGCUGUAUUUGGACGAGGCCAACAGAAUCAACGGAUCGACGCCAAUAGGACUCUCAUUGCCUUGGGAAUCUCCUUUGCCGCCUCCGUCACAGGUAAGAUCGAAACUUUUUAAAAAAAACUGAAGUUUCUCAAAUUAACUUUUCCUUUUAAAGAAAGCCGCUAUAAAUCGAAAACGCUGGAUCUGUAUUUGUUCCUUUUCCCUCUUAUCAGUUUGUUAACCUUUCUUCAGUCUUCGAACUCCAGAAUCUACUCGGUUCAUCUCCAAUUUACAAACUUACGAUCACAGAUAGAAAAAGUAAAACUUGGUUUAAACCCGCCGACCUAAAACGACUUGCGCCAAAAGCCAUUCUACGUGCGACCAUGGAUUUAUAAACUGUAUUUCUUCCUUUUCCCUCUUAUCAUGUUUUUAACCUUUAAAGUUAGUCUUAAAACUCCAGAAGCUACUCGUUUCAUCUCCAUUUUACAAGCUUACGAUCACAGUUAGACUUGGUUUAAACCCACCGACCUAAAACGACUUGCGCCAAAAGCCAUUCUACGUGCGACCACGGAUUUCCAAACUAGAAGUUCUAGUUAGAAUUGAGAAAUUUGACAUCAUGGGGACUUUUCUGAUUCAUUCCUAAUCAAAAACCCUUAAGUGAACCUCGAAAUGAGCCUGGACCGUUACUCGCUGUUCUACGGCCUCGCUGCGGCUGCCCUUCAAGCCGGCGCUCUUUUGCAGUUUGAAGGACUUCUUCAGAACCUUUCGGUAGUUCAAAUAACGACCUAGCCUUACAAAAAGUCGAUUUCUAGUCCUUCGAUAUCCUCUACAUGCACUCGUUCAACUCGCUAGUCAUGUUCUUGUUGGCUGAUAUCGUUCAGGUUACUCUUUCGAUCUAAAAAAAGCAGAAAAAAUGUUUAGGAUGAGAUUCGCGACGCGUUCAUGUACAUGAUUACCGCCGCCCAUCCAACUUUCGGCGGAGUUUUCGGUAAGAAAAUUCAAAUAUUCUCGAAUCAAAAAUUUUCAGCGCUCCUACUAAUUGCUGGAAUUAUCUUCCAAUGGUCGCUGUUCUACUGUUUGGAAAAGACGAGCGCUUUAGAUCUUCAGAUUGUCUCCAAUGUCCGGGCCGCUUUUGAGGUACACAUUUUCUUAUGAAAAAUAGGAGGGUUACCUGUAUAGGGGAUGAUAAAGUUUCAAGGGAUCACUUAAGAAGUUUUUCAGUUUUUCCAUUGAAGGAAGGCCUACAAAGGCAUUUAGAUUUUCGGUUUAGGUUUUCAGAAAAAUGAAAGGGUAUUUUUUUCCUUAACUAUGCGCUUUUGAAAUGACCCCUUAAGCAGUCAAUCUUAUACACGGCUUUUUUUCGACGCCACGCCCACUUUUUCUCCGUAAAGUUUCGUGUGUCGUGUGCAUGCACAGCGCCGCUUUCGCGCAGAAAAUUGCGUUCAUGUAGAGAACUUUCGAUUCGUCUUAAAGACCUCUGGCAAUACUGCGGCAUGCGCCUUUAAUAUGCUCUGUUAUUUACGCCGAAAUCUCAUGACGUCACGUGGGAGCGGCGGAUCUUUUGGCUCCGCCCACCGUGUUUUUGGUUUCGCAUUUUCUUCCACUAACAAAAAAGCCGUGUAUAGUCUGUUCAGAUUUUUAAUGUCAAGUAGAAUGACGUCAUUCGAAAAACGCUCUGUGGAUGGCUCGCUCUCGAUUGGUUUAUCGCGCGAUUAGGGGGCGGAGCUUCAGCGAGGACUUGACAUUUGAAAUCUGAAUAGACUAUAUAGCAAUAUGAAUUAAUUUGAUAAAAAACUAAUAAUUUGAUUUUUCAAACUGACAAACAGUAAAAUGUUUUUAUCAUUUUCCUAGAUCAUCCUGAUAACUGUUAAAUUUCAGAUCUUCGUGGCCUACUACCUAUCUGUAUAUUUGUUCUACGACGUCUCGCCGGGACUCACCAACUGGAUUUUCUUGUUCGCCACGCUUGGCGGCGCGGUUUAUUACUUCAAGGUUUAGUUAUUAAUUCUAAAUGAAGAAUCCAUUUGCGUUCCGUGAAAAAGUUUUGAAUUUAAAAAUUAACUUCAAUGAAAAGUCUUCAAAACUUAGAAAAAGUCAUCUUUUUCUUUGGAUGAAAACGCACUCAUGAAAACUUUUCUUAGUCAUUUUCCUGAGCUUAUUUUUAAAGGCUCAGCUUAUUUUCUUUUAGUUUUAAGGGCUCAGCUUAUUUCUAAGGGCUCAGCUUAUAUUUAAGGGCUCGGCUUAUAUUUAAUGUCUCAGCUUAUAUUUAAGGGCUCAGCUUAUUUCUAAGGGCUCCGCUUAUUUCUAAGGGCUCAGCUUAUAUUUAAGGGCUCGGCUUAUAUUUAAUGUCUCAGCUUAUAUUUAAGGGCUCCGCUUAUUUCUAAGGGCUCUGCUUAUAUUUAAGGGCUCAGCUUAUUUUCAAGGGCUUUGAGCUCUGUUUUCUGUUUUUCAAUGAUCUCCGAGCUACUCAACAACUUCCCUAAUAAAAAUUUCAAAAAAAAGCCAUUUCCAGGUUCAAACCAACGAUCAAGUCAUCAUGAAAGGUCCCUGGCUCAGCAAAGCUUAA